UCACUAUUUGUAAAGCCCAACCCUCCCCAAUCUGCAAGCUCACCUUCCAGGACUGAGCCCAGCCCAUUUCCACUAUAUAUAAACUGCUGCCUGCAAACUCAUCACACACCUGCUGCUCUCAGCUCUACCCUCCAGCCUCUCACGCCUUCUUCAGCCUUCUCAUCUUCAGGAACCAUGUCGAGCAAAUCCACCAUCAGGACCCAAAGCAGCAGCCACCGUGGCUUCAGUGCCAGCUCAGCCAGAGUCCCUGGGGUCAGCCGCUCUGGCUUCCGCAGUGUCUCCGUGUGCCGCUCCAGGGGCAGUGGAGGCCUCGGUGGAGUGUGUGGAGGAGCUGGCUUUGGCAGCAGGAGCCUCUAUGGCCUGGGGGGCUCCAAGAGGAUUUCCAUCGGAGGUGGCAGCUGUGCCAUCAGUGGAGGAUAUGGUGGCAGAGUUGGAGGUGGCUUUGGCUUUGGAGGUGGAGCCGGGAGUGGAUUUGGUUUUGGCGGUGGAUCUGGUGGUGGCUUUGGGCUCGGUGGUGGAGCUGGCUUUGGUGGUGGCUAUGGGGGCGCUGGCUUCCCUGUGUGCCCCCCUGGAGGCAUCCAAGAGGUCACAAUCAACCAGAAUCUCCUCACUCCUCUGAACCUGCAAAUCGACCCCACCAUCCAGCGGGUGAGGACUGAGGAGCGGGAGCAGAUCAAGACCCUCAACAACAAGUUCGCCUCCUUCAUUGACAAGGUGCGCUUCCUAGAGCAGCAGAACAAGGUUUUGGACACCAAGUGGACCCUGCUGCAGGAGCAGGGCACCAAGACCGUGAGGCAGAACUUGGAGCCUUUGUUUGAGCAGUACAUCAACAACCUCAGGAGACAGCUGGACAGUAUCCUUGGGGAGAGAGGCCGCUUGGACUCAGAACUCAGAGGCAUGCAGGACAUGGUGGAGGACUUCAAGAGCAAAUAUGAAGAUGAAAUCAACAAGCGCACCGCUGCAGAGAAUGAAUUUGUGACUCUGAAGAAGGAUGUGGAUGCUGCCUACAUGAACAAGGUUGAACUACAAGCCAAGGUAGAUGCUCUCAUGGAUGAGAUCAACUUCACCAGAGCCUUCUAUGAAGCCGAACUGGCUCAGAUGCAGACGCACAUCUCAGACACUUCUGUGGUCCUUUCCAUGGACAACAACCGUGACCUGGACCUGGAUAGCAUCAUUGCUGAAGUCAAGGCUCAAUAUGAGGAGAUUGCUCAGAGGAGCCGGACUGAGGCUGAAUCCUGGUACCAGACCAAGUAUGAGGAGCUUCAGGUCACAGCUGGCAGACAUGGAGAUGACCUGCGCAACACCAAGCAGGAGAUUGCUGAGAUCAACCGCAUGAUCCAGAGGCUGAGAUCUGAGAUUGACCAUGUCAAGAAACAGGUAUGGCUGAGUGGGGAAGGCGUUGGACCAGUCAACAUCUCUGUGGUGCAGUCCACCGUCUCCAGUGGUUAUGGCAGUGCUGGUGGUGUCGGCAGUGGCUUCGGCCUGGGCGGAGGCAGCGGCUACUCCUAUGGCAGUGGUCACAGCCUUGGAGGUGGCUUCAGUUCUGGCAGUGGCAGAGGCUUUGGAGGUGGCCUCAGCUCUGCUGGGGGCAGCAGUUCCACCAUCAAAUACAGCACCACCUCAUCCACCACCAGGAAGGGCUACAAGCACUGAAGUCCUCCCGUUGGCUCUUGGUCCCACAUUGUCUUAGCCCCCCUCUCCAGCCGCAUGGCCUUCUCUUCAGUUUGCUUCUUUUCUCCUGCUACUUAAUUCUCUUAGUCCUUGAGUUAGAACUGAAGUUGCUAAGUUCCCUCAUUUCUCCUCUCUUCACAUACCUGUUCCAUUUGAACUUCAUUUGCUCACCAUCAGAAGGUCACUGGUUGGGUUGGACUCUAGACUCUAGAACAGAGCAAUGUCUUGCUUUCUACUGGCCCAGGAAUUCCCCAUCUUCCACACAGUGGUCAUGAAAGCAUAAGUCACUAGUUCUAUCAUGUACAGUCUGUAUCCCUGCUAUGUUUCCUCUGGUAUUGCUCCCUUGUGUUGCUAAAUAAAGCAGAUGUGUAUUAUAAUGCA